GUGCAACAAGCCAUGCAGCGGGGGAAACACGUUGCUAUCACUGAUAAAGCCGUAUUUUCAGAGUUUCACAAUUGUUUUCCCGGAUCAAGGUCGUCCUAUCUGCGGUACAACACUCUGCACUUCGCUGUAGUGUCUCUGUGACUGGCCAUCCGUUAACAUGGCGUCACCAACUUUCAGUGCUGUCAACUCCAAGGAACUUAUUGACGUCGUUGAUGUAUGUAUCAGGUGCUACGCGGAUGCAAGCGAGGAGAAGAUUAAUUUAAUUCCGGGAGCUUACAGAGACGAGGAUGGGGAACCAUGGGUACUGCCAGUUGUACUUGAUCUGGAGAAGAAACUGGUUCAAAGCGUCACUUACAAUCACGAAUACAUCCUUUUUUUGGGAACGGAUUCGUUCAAAACACUAGCACCUCGCCUUAUCCUUGGGGAGGAAAGUCCUGCCUUACGGACUGGAAGAGCGCUCGGAAUCCAGACAGUCGGUGGAUCUGGGGCUCUCCGUAUUGGGGCGGAGCUUCUGGUGAGACACGCCAAGUACGACACCUUCUACAUUUCGGAACCGACGUGGGAUAAUCACGAGUCGACUUUUCUGUACGCGGGGUUUUCGACUUCUCGCAAAUAUCGAUACUGGGAUCCCGUCAAAAGGGGCGUGGACUUCGAGGGGUUGAUUGAGGAUCUCCGAGAGGCCCCAGAAAAUUCUGUUAUUGUCCUACAACUGUGCGCUCACAAUCCGACAGGAUGUGACCUCACCAAGAAGCAAUGGACUGAGGUCGCGGACGUCAUGGAGGAAAGGAAAUUAUUUCCAAUCUUCGAUGCCGCAUAUCAAGGUUUUGCCAGCGGCGACGUAGAGGAAGACGCCUGGGCUGUCCGGUACUUCGUGGACAGAGGCUUCGAAAUGCUUGUGACUCAGUCAUUCUCUAAGAACAUGGGACUUUACGGAGAUCGGGUAGGAUGUCUCACGGUUGUCCUGAAGGAGGGGCGGCAGAAAGAAUUGGCGUCUGUGGAGUUCAUGCUCACAAUUAUCGCGAGGGCUAUUUACCUCUGUCCGACCAGACACGGGGGCGAAAUCGUAGUUCGGAUUCUGCGAGACUCUGAGGCACGGAAGCAGUGGCUAGAAAGUCUUAGAAAAAUGGUGGAGCGCUUGAAGGUGGCGAGACAAAGUCUCAAGGAACGUUUGGACGAACUGGGCACCCCUGGAAACUGGAAUCACAUCACGUCACAGUCCGGAAUGUUCUCCUUCACCGGCCUGACUAGUAAGCAGGCGGCUUAUAUGGCGGACGAACAUCACAUGUACUUACUACCUAAUGGCCGAGCCAACAUAUGCGCGCUCAACGACAACAAUGUGGACAGAUUUGCGCAAGCCGUCCACGAUUCUAUAACAAUGGAAUAACAUUAAGGACAAAGAACUUAAAAGAGAACGUACAUUUGAACAAGGACAGCCACAAAGUAAUUACUUUUUCCUUUUCCAUUUGGCAGUAGAGAACGGGCAAGACGUAUCGAAUAUCGAUAUAUGAAUGUGUUUCGAUACAUAGACACUUCGAUACAUCGAUACAUCGAUAAUUCGACAUAUAGAUAAUUCGAUAUAUCGAUACUUCGAUAUAUCGAUACAGACCACAAGGCGUCGCCUGAAUCACAGCGAAUCGUCCGCCCUCUCUAUAUUAUCAUUAUUAUUUUUUCGUUUCCAUUAUGAAUUUGUUGUAUUUCUUCUAAUUAUGCCUAUUAAGCUUGCUUAUAACACGGCUUCUGGGUAUCCGAGGGCAAGGCUGUAGGCGUGGAAUGUGACUGGUUAUGGGUUGAAAAAUUCGAUUACCGUUUACGACGGGGGACGUGGAUUUUUCUGUAAUUACGGCCAGACCGGUUUCGAGGUUAAGCCAACUUAUGUGGCAAUGACCGAGUUUAUUUUAUCUGGGGUAAAGUGGGCGGAGCGUGAAGCUUAUCGCUCACUGUCACACGUUUCCACGGUGACAAUUUAGCUGGCAUGAGGUUAUUGCACAACUGAACUUAGUCUAAUAUAUUUUCUGUAAUAUGUGAAUUAAAAUAAAUAAAUAAUUAAAUCAAUAAA